AUGGGUGAAUUCAAACCUCCGCUACCUCAAGGCGCAGGGUACGCUAUUGUGUUAGGUCUGGGAGCUGUUUUUGCAGGAAUGAUGGUUUUGACAACGUAUUUAUUGAAACGUUAUCAAAAGGAAAUAAUAACGGCUGAAGAAUUCAGCACAGCCGGUAGAUCCGUAAAAACUGGUUUAGUAGCUGCGGCUGUGGUAUCCAGUUGGAUUUGGUGCUCAACAUUAUUAACUUCAUCGACAAAGGAAUAUGCAGACGGUAUAUUUGGAGGGUACGCAUAUGCUGCUGGUGCAUGUUUCCAAAUCAUCGCGUUUGCAAUCCUGGCCAUUAAGACCAAGCAAAUGGCUCCCAAUGCGCACACGUAUCUAGAAUUAGUAAGAACAAGAUACGGUAGGAUUGGACAUGGUUGCUAUUUGUUUUACGCUAUUGCAACCAACAUUUUGGUCACUUCUAUGCUUUUAACUUCCGGUUCUGCUGUCUUCAGUGACUUAACCGGGAUGAACACUAUUGCAUCCUGUUUCUUACUACCCGUCGGCGUUGUCGUUUAUACCCUAUUUGGUGGUAUCAAGGCGACCUUUUUGACUGACUAUCUGCACACUUGUGUCAUCAUCGUCAUUGUUCUCAUAUUCGCCUUCAAAGUUUACGCCACUAGUGAUGUUUUAGGGUCACCGGGCAAAGUCUAUGACUUAGUUCGAGAAGCCGCUAAGAGACAUCCAGUGGAUGGUAACUAUCAAGGUGAAUACAUGACCAUGACAUCCAAAUCUGCCGGUAUCUUAUUAAUCAUCAACCUGAUCGGGAAUUUCGGUACCGUUUUCCUAGAUAAUGGUUAUUGGAACAAAGCAAUUUCAGCUAGCCCCGCAGCAAGCUUGAAAGCUUACGCAAUAGGUGGGUUAGCAUGGUUUGCCGUACCUUCUCUUAUCUCAUUGACUAUGGGUUUGGCAUGUAUUGCAGUGGAAACCUCUCCCAAUUUCCCGACAUACCCUGAUCCACUGACUUCGUUUCAGGCAAAUUCUGGGUUAGUCUUACCAGCUGCCGCGAUUACUAUCCUUGGUAAGGGUGGUGCAGUGGCAUCGCUACUGAUGAUCUUCAUGGCCGUCACGUCUGCCAUGUCUGCUGAAUUGAUUGCUGUUUCGUCUGUUUUCACUUAUGAUAUUUAUAGAGAAUAUAUCGAUCCUCGUGCAAGCGGCAAGAAACUGAUUUAUACAUCUCAUUUUGCCUGUAUCUUUUUCGGUCUUGCCAUGAGUGGAUUUUCGGUUGGUUUAUACUACGGUGGUAUUUCUAUGGGUUAUAUUUACGAAAUGAUGGGCAUAAUUAUUAGUAGUGCAGUGCUACCUGUGGUAUUGACUCUAUGUUCUAAGGACAUGAAUUUGAUUGCCGCUGUGGUGUCACCAAUUUUGGGCACCGGAUUGGCUAUAAUGUCAUGGCUGGUCUGUACCAAAUCGCUUUAUAAAGAAUUGACCGUAGAUACAACGUUCAUGGAUUACCCAAUGCUAACAGGCAACUUGGUAGCCUUAUUUUCACCAGUUAUCUUUAUUCCUAUUUUAACUUAUGUUUUUAAACCACAAAAUUUCGACUGGGAAAGAUUUAAGGACAUUAGUAGAGUUGAUGAAACUGAAGAGUUAGUCCAAGCUGAUCCUGACAUUAAACUUUGUGAUGCUGACGUUAACGAUGAGGAGCAACCGGGAGAAACAAACUCCUUCAUUUCAGAUAAUGAAAAAAAUGAUGUAAGGGUAAAUGAUGAAAAAUUGAGUGAACCCAACCUCGGUGUCGUAAUAAGCAAUGCGAUCUUGAAAGAAAAUGAGACCGAAUUGCAGGAAGAAUUAGACGAAGAACAAAGAGAGUUAGCACGUGGUUUGAAAAUCGCCUAUUUUCUAUGUGUUUUCUUCGCCUUGGCAUUUCUAGUGGUUUGGCCCAUGCCCAUGUAUGGUUCCAAAUAUAUCUUUAGUAAGAAAUUCUUCACCGGUUGGGUCGUUGUGAUGAUCAUCUGGCUUUUCUUUAGUGCAUUUGCGGUUUGUAUUUAUCCACUCUGGGAAGGUAGACACGGAAUAUAUACCACAAUGCGCGGGGUAUAUUGGGAUUUAUCUGGUCAAACCCAUAAACUGAGGGAAUGGCAAAACUCCAACCCGCAAGAUCUGCACGUAGUAACAAGCCAGAUUAGUGCACGGCUACAUGGGAAACCAUCCCAUUUUGGACAGGUUGACGAGAUAAUAUAG